AUGACAACAGAUCGUCGCUCCCGUUUGCUGGGAUUCCGAUGCGCCUCAACUGCCCGUGUAACCGCUACUCUACUGUUAUCCUUCCUCGCCUUCUCGCCGUCUUCCGCAUCCAGCGAUUUAAAUGAUCGAUUCCACGACGGCGUGAUAUUACCUCCUGCGCCCGUCCUUCCAUCGGCUCCAGAAAUCCCUGUAGCUGCCGAGCAUACUUUCAGUCUUCGCCACAUAUACCAUCAUGGCACCCAUCUUCAUCCCGGUCUUCAUCGGAGACGGGAUGUCGUCCAUGACCAGUCGAGGGUCUAUCUGGCAGCAGAAGACGACUACGAUGAAUAUGAUAUUUUCCGAUUAAAAGCAAAGAGUCGCCCCGAGACUAUUCAACGCUUGGCUGACCGAAGGCCGUCAGUUGUUGAUCCUAUGGUAGCCGAGUCCCGGCGGAGAGGAUAUGCAGCUGUGCUUGAUGCAUCGGCAUGGACUAUGGAUCGAGUCUCAUCUCCUGACAUCAAGGAUAAGGACACUGUUCUCACAUUAGCUCUCAUGACGGCCAAUGCAUACGUCGAGCAUGAGACUGAUGCCGACUGGGAGGAUGUUGGAGAGCGAUGGAACCGCAGCGCCGAUUUCGGAUGGGAGUCUGACGGUCUCCGCGGGCAUGUCUUUGCUGAUGAUACAAACUCAACCAUUGUCAUUGGUCUCAAGGGCACAACGACGGCUGUUUUCGAUGGAGAAGGAACCACUACUAACGACAAAGUCAACGACAACCUAUUUUUCAGUUGCUGCUGCGCUCAGCAAGGUCAGUGGACAUGGCACCAAGUCUGUGACUGUGCUACAGGCACAUAUUCUUGUAACAACACAUGUGUUGUUCAGGCCCUGAGGGAAGAGAACAGAUACUACGGCGCCGCCCGCGAACUCUAUUCAAAUGUCACGGAGCUCUAUCCCGAUGCUCAGGUUUGGCUUACCGGCCAUUCGCUUGGCGGUGCCGUGACUUCAAUGUUGGGCAUGACAUACGGUCUGCCUGUUGUUACUUUUGAGGCUGUACCGGAAGCUCUUCCAGCUUCUAGACUAGGCCUUCCAGUCCCGCCCGGUGCUAGUGCCGACUACCCUCAAAUGCGUGAGAAUACAGGCACGUUCCAUUUUGGUCAUACCGCAGACCCUGUCUACAUUGGAACGUGUAAUGGUGCAACAGCGUCUUGUACCUAUGGUGGUUAUGCCAUGGAAAGUGCCUGCCAUGCUGGUUACGAGUGUGUUUACGAUGUUGUCGCCGAUAAGGGGUGGAGAGUUGGGAUCGGUACGCACCGUAUCCGCUCUGUCAUCGACGACGUCAUCAAGAAGUACGAUGGUGUCCCUGAGUGUAAGAGGACGCCUGAAUGCCGAGACUGUGCUCAGUGGAAGAUGUACGAGAGCAACGGAACCGAAACUACUACAACAUCUUUACCCUCGACUACCGCUACGACACGGACUCGUACCCGUACAUCAACUUGUGAGACACCCGGUUGGUGGGGUUGUCUUGACAAGACUACGCCUGUCACGACUACGACCUCCACCACAUCCUCUUCUACGUCUACCUGCAAGACACCCGGAUGGUUCGGUUGCAAGGACAAGACAACCACAGAGAGUAGCACUACUACAAGCGAAGCUUCAACCACAACUACCUGCCAUACUCCUGGUAGGUUCUGGGGUUGUCGCGACGAGGUAGAGGUUACAACAACUGCCGAGCCUGGUCAAGUCACUAACGUACCUGUCACCGCUGCGCCUACAGGUGCCACGGAUGAAGUUUCAAGUACGGCGGUGCCAGAAACUCAGAGAUGUCUUGCUCGCAACUGGUUCAGGUUCUGCAAGGAAUGGGCUAUUGAUGACCUCGAUUUUGGUACAGAUGAGAUGUAG